CUCUCCACAUCCAUCCCCUCCAACGCCAAUCAACUCCGUCCUAAACUACACAAUCCGCGGCAACAGAAAAAGGCGACACCAGAAACAGAAGCAAGAUUCCCUCCGCUUGAUCGCCCUGUGAAUCGACCCGACUGAGUGGCUCCAUCGCCCGAUGGACCCGCCGCGGCCCGCGGCCGGCCGCUCCGGCGGGGUCGGCACUGGUGACUCGCCGGUGAGUUGGGACGACGACGACGAUGACUGCAGCGGCGGCGGCGGCCGCGUCGAAGGCUUGGCGGGACUCCACAUAUUUGACCAAGAGGCAGACGAGCCACCAGCCAAAAACAGCAUGGCCAACAGACUUGAUACUAACUGCAUUCCAGUUGCUAACGGAUGCAACACUGGAACCUCCGUAGAGAAGGAACCUGUAAACGGCAUUGACCCACCUCAUGAGCAUACUGGCAUCUGGGUCCCUGUUUCUGUCCCGCCAAUGACAGCGCAAGACCGCGAGGAGUGGCACAGGGGGUUUAGUUGCAAUGGCAGGAACUUCCCAGAAGAAGAGUUCAGCUGGGAGCUGGAUGAAGAGAACAAUGAGAUGACAAUGUGGGAUGUGUUUGCUGAUAUGGUUGUUGCGGCAAAAGAUAAGGUGGUAUCUUCUGCAACAUAUGAUUUUGGGAGAUAUGGGAUGUCGGUGGUGUCCAACUUUUUUCUCCAAGAGGCUUGGAACGAUAUGGCACAAACACUUGCGGAUGCAAACACUGGUAUUGUGAACGAGCUUCUUGACACAGAGCCAACUAAGUGGUUGCCUGACAGUGCUGCUACCUCUUGCAUGCUCUGCGGCGUGCGAUUUCAUCCAAUAAUGUGCUCUCGCCAUCAUUGUCGUUUCUGUGGUGGAGUAUUCUGUAAUGGUUGUUCAAAGGGUAGAAGCUUGAUGCCUCCAAAAUUUAGGACUGCAGAACCUCAGAGGGUUUGUGAUGUCUGCGGAGUACGUCUAGAGAGUAUCCAACCUCAACUGAUGAAUCAGAUCAGUCGGGCCACACAACUUCCUACUCGAGAUGUCACAGACCUGAGUACCUUGAGGUCAUGGCUGAACUUCCCUUGGGCACACACAAUGGAAUAUGAAAUAUACAAGGCCACGAAUUCUUUACGUAAUUACUAUAAGGUGGGAAGACUGAAACCAGAGAAGGCUAUCCCUGAUACUAUUCUUAGACAAGCAAAAGGUCUUGCUAUUGUUACUGUGGUGAAGGUUGGGAUGAUGGUUACAUACAAACUUGGCACUGGGCUAGUUAUUGCUCGAAGGGUGGAUGACUCCUGGUCACCACCUUCAGCAAUCUCCACCUGCGGUAUUGGAUAUGGAGCUCAGGCUGGAGGUGAGAUAGCUGAUUUUAUCAUUGUUCUGAGGAACACGGAUGCCAUCAGAACAUUCAGUGGGAAGGCACAUCUGUCUGUUGGUGCUGGUGUUAGUGCUUCUGCUGGCCAUGUUGGACGUGCAGCUGAGGCUGACUUCCGUGCUGGUGACGGUGGUUAUGCUGCAUGUUAUACAUACAGCUGUAGCAAAGGUGCCUUCGUGGGCUGUGCGUUGAAUGGCAGCAUAGUAUCAACUCGAGAUACUGAGAACGCUCGAUUUUACGGAGGUCCUGUCAAGGCAUCUGAUAUCCUUCUAGGAUCAAUGGCGAAGCCGCCCGCAGCCUCUCCUCUGUACAAAGCUCUGUCAGAAUUGUUCGACAAGAUUGGGAAAUAAUCCUCUUUCUUGCAUACCUUGCCUCACCUUGUAAAUACAUUCGAAUUUGCGUAGUGAAUUGGUUGGAAGCAAUUGCAUAACUGUACAGUAAGGCCAUUCUUCGACACAUGAGAAGGCUCCCUGCCUUCACCAGUGUUUAGUGGAUACCAGCAACAAAACCACUUUGUACAUACUCUACAUUGGAUUGACAGUCGUAUCAAGAUGUGAAAAAAGGUCUGACGAAUAUGAUUAUUGAUUCG